GGGGAUGUAGCCAGUUUCAGUUCAGGACAAGGGUACGGUUCUGCUGUCAGCAAGGUGGAGGGUUCAUCGUUGGGGCCACCAAUGGCAGGUCCAUUGGCUGAAGCUCUUGCACAAGCUGUCGCCCUGAUUAAUCAUGCUCUUGCCAAACCUGCACCUGAAACCGCUGCUGAUGUAAAACCUGUGCCUUUGGGGUCUCAGUUUCUGUCUGAUGCAAAGGGUAAGAAUGUUAUGCAAGGAAAGGGGGAUGGGGAUCAAGGAGUAGUUGGUGAUCUGUUUGGUAAAGGCGGCGAAAAAGAGAAAGCGCCAUAUUGCUGGAGGUGUUUGACGAAGGGCCAUACCAUGCAAGUUUGCACCGCUGAUCUAUGGUGUGACAUUUGUCGGGCUCCCUCUCACAACACUGAACGAUGUUAGAAGUUCCAGGGUACCAAACCAGCAGCUCAUACGGCUGGCUAUGCAGUGGAUGGGCUGGGGUUCUAUUAUAUACCCCAUACUUCUUCUACCAAGCAGCCCACAGACUCCAGGUUGGCUAGUAUAAAAUUUGAUGGAGGGUGCUUAUCAGUUCCUCAAGUGGUGGCUGAAUUGGAGAGACUUGAAUCAUAUGAUUGAGUGGGGGGUGGUGCAGACGAAGUUCAAAUCUUUGAUGACAAUAGAAGAGAAGUCGUGGCCUAAAGAGGUAAAGGCUACUUUACCAAAAGUCUGGAUCCAAUUCACAGGCAUUCCAAUGACAUGAUGGAAUUCUUGCUAAUUUGGGCGGUUGGAUCUAUUUUGGGGGUAACAAAAGCUGUUGAUAUGAAGUUUACCAACCAAUAUGGUAUUUGUCGUCUUCAAGUGAUGGUGUUGGACCCUUUGCUGAUCCCGCAGUUCAUUGAGGUGGUGAUUGGUGAAUGUUUAUUUGAGCUGCAAUUUCGGGUUGAAGAAAACAUGGAUAGUGACAGUCCAGUUCCAGUGGAUAUGGAUGACUUUAGCGGUGGGGAGGACGAAAAUAAGUCGGAUCAAUUAGAGGAUGUGGUUCGUGGGGGUAAUUCUCUGCCCCCUAAUAAUAGUGCUCCAGAUAGUGGCAAAUCUGUUUCAAAGGGUGCUGGUAAUGAUGGUAAUACUGGUAAAAAGGGAGCGGCACAUGAUGUAAUUAGCUCGGUAGUCCAGUAUGCUGAUCUGGGUUUGGGUAUGCAAGGUGUUGAACAUGCUGGUAAUCCCACUCAAGCUGUUGUGCCAGCAACCUCGUCGUGUAUGGUUGUUUCGGUGUCGUGUACUCCGGAUGUGGUAGCUAUGGCUGCUGUUCCAGAAGCAACUAUGGGGCUAACCGAGUCAGGCAGGAGCAAAAGAAGAAACAGGAGCGGGAAUGGGGACAGCAUGCAAAGAGCUUCAAAGUUGAAGGUUGCUCGCAAUUUAGAUGCGGUCCUCUCUACAGGUAAUUCCAUACGCAGCCUACCUUAUGUUCUUAUUCCUGAUGAAGUAGUGCAGCGGUUAACUUCUUUAGGUUUUGUUUGUGGGAAUAAUGAUAAAUCUUGGGACAAAUUCCUAGAGUUGUUAACCAAUAAGUUGAGUGGUGAGUCUGGUAGUUUCGUAGAUGCCAAGUCAGUUGCUUUAGAGAGAGAGGAAAAAGAGAGGUUAGAGGAUCAGGAGCUAGAUAACUUCAUUUUGGGCUCUUUACGCAAUGACAUGUUGGAAGGAGUGAUGGACUUUACUAGUGAGCAUAUAAUUAUGUCUCAUACUAGUAGGCCUGAAGUCACAAAAAGCUCUAAGAAAAAGAGCAGGAAUAGAAAUAAAAUAAAAUCGGUUGCCCAAUGAGAGGGGUUUUCUGGAAUAGUGAUGGGUUCAGAGACCCUAUGAAACAUAGAUUUGUGUCUGACUUGUCUAAAGAACACACUUUGUCUUUUGUAGCUAUAUCGGAAACAGUGAGAAAAUCUUUCUCUGACUCUUUCCUGAGGAAUCUUAGUGGGGGAAGGAAUUUUAUUUGGCACACAAAAGAACCUACAGGCCGUUCGGGGGGUAUUCUGUUGGGUGUUGAUUUAGAUGUAUUUGAUAUUGGUGCUAUUGAUGAAGGGGAGUUUUAUGUCAAGUUCAAGGUGUGUAACAAAAGCGAUAGCUUCAAGUGGGCUUUAACAGUCGUCUACGGUCCAGCCCAAUUUGAGAGGAAGGAGGCAUUCCUGAUGGAGCUAGUCCAAAUGGCGAACCAUGAAACCUUACCUAUCUUAAUAGGUGGUGAUUUUAACAUCCUUAGACAUCCUCAUGAAAAAAAUAAGGACAACUUUGAUCAAAGAUGGCCUUUUUUGUUCAAUGUCGUUAUUGACGGGUUAAACCUUAAGGAGCUUAACAUGACAGGGAGACAAUUCACUUGGGCCAAUAACCUUCCACACCCAACUUUCAAAAAGCUGGAUCGUAUUUUGGUUACUACAGAUUGGGAAGCUAAAUAUCCUUUAUCCUCUGUAGUGGCGUUGAGUAGAGAUAUAUCCGAUCAUACGCCUAUACUCUUGAAUACUGGUGAACCAGUAACAGGUAACCAAUACCCUUUUAAAUUUGAGAUUGGAUGGUUAUUACGUGAUGGAUUCUUUGACAUGGUAAAGGAUAUUUGGACUUCAGUGGUGGAGGGCGAUACACCAUUGGAAAGAUGGCAGUCCAGAAUUAGGAGAGUCAGACAAUACCUCAUGUUUGGGCUAAAAAUACUAGUGGUCAUUAUAAAAAGCAAAAGAAAGAUCUGCUAGACAAAUUAGAUGAUUUGGACGAAAAGGCAGAAGUGGCUCCAUUGUCUAAUCAGGAAAUAGAUCAAAAAACUUGUUUGCAUUCUAAGUUGGCGCAAAUACUAAGAGACGAGGAAAUGAAGUGGUACCAGAGAGCUAAGUCUAAUGAGCUGUUGCAAGGUGACUCUAAUACGAAAUAUUUUCAGCUGGUUGCGACUGGUAAACACAGAAAGGCUAGAAUCUUCCAACUUAAAGAUGGGGUACAUACUAUUCAAGGGGAGGAGGCCCUUAAGAAACAUAUUACUACUUAUUAUAAGGUUUUGUUCGGGCCACCAGAUCCCUCUGCAGUUGAACUUGAUGAGAAUCAAGUUUUGGAUAUACCCCAAGUAUCGGAUUUAGAGAAUUCGUUUUUAACUUGUCAGUUCACGGAAGAAGAGAUCCGUCGGGCACUCUUCCAGAUGGAGCACAACAGGGCGCCUGGUCCGGACGGUUUCCCUGCGAAGUUCUUUCAAGUGUUCUGGUCGGUUAUUAAGAACGAUUUGCUGGCUUUAUUUGAGGACUUUCAUAAAGGAGAUUUAUCCCUCUAUAGUCUUAAUUUUGGUACAAUCAUUCUUCUGCCAAAGUGCAGGGAUGCUGAGAUAAUUCAACAGUACAGACCCAUCUGUCUACUGAAUGUAAGCUUUAAGAUUUUUACUAAAGUUCUUACAAAUAGAAUCUCAACUGUUGCUUCAAAGACUGUUGGCCCUACUCAAUCUGCUUUCAUUCCUGGUAGAAAUAUUAUGGAAGGGGUGGUUGUAUUGCAUGAGACCAUACAUGAAUUGCAUAGAAACAAGCAGAGUGGAGUAAUUUUCAAGAUUGAUUUCGAAAAAGCCUAUGAUAAGGUGAAAUGGUCAUUUAUCCAACAAACCUUAAGGAUGAAGGGCUUUUCUAAUAUGUGGUGUGAGUGGAUAGCCUUUAUUAUGACUGGGGGUCAUGUGGGUAUCAAGGUAAAUGACCAAAUUGGGCCUUACUUUCAGACUCACAAGGGGUUGAGGCAAGGAGACCCGCUCUCUCCCAUUCUUUUUAAUGUGGUAGUGGAUAUGCUUGCUAUUCUGAUUAAUAGAGCUAAAGCAGAUGGUCAAGUUGACGGUCUAGUGCCACAUUUAGUAGAUGGAGGGCUCUCUAUCUUGCAAUACGCGGAUGACACCUUGUUGUUUUUUGAUAAUGAUGUAGAGAAAGCAGCAAAUAUGAAGUCGCUUCUUGUAGCCUUUGAGCAAGUCUCAGGUUUGAAAAUUAAUUACCAUAAAAGUGAGUUAUUUUGUUUCGGUAAGGCAAUAGAGGAGGAACAUCAAUAUCAACAGAUUUUUGGCUGUAAGAAAGGGGGGUAUCCGUUUAAAUACCUAGGUAUCCUGAUGCACUACAAGAGGUUAAGAAAUAAUGAUUGGAAAAUGAUAGAGGAAAAGUUUGAAAAGAAACUCAGUGGUUGGAAAGGAAAGUUGAUGUCUAUAGGGGCUCGUCUUGUUCUAAUUAAUUCGGUACAUACCAGCUUGGCUAUGUUUAUGUUGUCUUUCUUUGAGGUUCCUAGGGGUGUACUUGAGAGAUUGGAUUAUUUUCGAUCUAGAUUUUUCUGGCAAGGUGAAAAUCAUAAGAAGAAAUACAGGCUUGCUAGAUGGAAUAUCCUUUGCCAACCUAAGGAUCGAGGGGGGUUAGGUAUUAAGAACUUAGAUCUACAAAAUAAAUGCUUGCUGAGUAAGUGGCUUUUCAAGCUAGUAAAUGAGGAUGGAAUUUGGCAAAGUAUGUUGCGGAAUAAAUACCUUAAGAGGCACACCUUGUCAAAAGUAUCCUUCAGGCCAGGUGAUUCUCAUUUCUGGUCGGGAAUUAUGAAAGUGAAAGAUUUGUUUUUUAACCUAGGAUCUUUUGUUUUAGGUAAUGGAGAACAAAUAAGAUUCUGGGAGGAUGUGUGGUUGGGAGACCAACCACUCAUGAGGCAAUAUCCUUCACUAUAUCAUAUUGUGAGACAGAAAAGUGAUACAUUUGCGUCUAUCUUGAGGACAAUCCCCCUCAAUGUUUCGUUUCGUAGGACGUUGCGGGGUCAUAACUUAUCUUUGUGGUAUGACCUUAUUAAUCGGGUGGUGCUCACUCUGCUGAGCUCUAAUAGAGAUGUCUUUAAGUGGAGGGAAACAUCUUCUGGUCAGUUCACGGUGCAAUCAUUGUAUCGGGCACUGAUUAAUAACAGUCAAAUGUUUAAUCACAAGCUGAUUUGGAAACUGAAUUUACCCCUAAAGAUUAAAAUCUUUUUGUGGUAUUUGGUUAAAGGGAUUAUUCUAACUAAGGAUAACCUCAUCAAAAGAAAUUGGAAUGGGAACAAAAAACGUGGGUUUUGUAAUACUGAUGAGUCUAUUCAACAUUUGUUUAUAGAAUGUCAUGUUGCUCGCCAUAUGUGGAGGUUGUUUCACUUCUGUUUUAGUAUGAGUGCACCGAGGUCUGUUCGUCAUAUUUUUAGUACGUGGAUCACCGGUAUUGAUUUAAAAACUAAGCGUCUUGUUAUUACAGGUGUCUCAGUGUUUUGCUGGGCUAUUUGGAUAAGUAGGAAUGACUUAGUUUUUAAUAAUGUUUCAAGUUUUACUUAUCUGCAUGUUCUUUUUAGAGGUACACACUGGCUUAGAUUCUGGUCUCAGCUACAAAAGGAUGAAGCUGAUGGAGUUUUAAUAAAGAAUGUCUGUUGUCGCCUGGAAUCGGUGGCCAUGCAAUUUUGUGUUAAUUUUGGUUGGAGGUUUUCUAAUAGGAUUGCCUUGUAAUCAUCUCACUGGUUUUAUUAAGUUUCAAAAACCUUUAGUGUGUUAGUGUGUGGCUGUG